AUGAACCAUCUCAUUAACAAGCUUCAACAACAAUUCGACAUGAAGAAUCUGGGACAUGUUCACAAAUUUCUGGCCAUAUCAAUUGAAAGAAAAGCCGAAUCAUUCUUUCUAUAUCAAACGCAAUAUGCUACUUCCAUUCUAAACACAGCUGGUAUGCUUUUAUGUAAACCUCUGGCUAAUCCUACUUGCACUAAACCUCCUGUCAGAAUUCCAGAGGAUCUACUGCUUGUAGAUCCUCAACUCUAUCGUAAGAUAAUCGGUUCACUGCAGUAUAUAACUCUUAAGAGAUCGGAUUUGGCAUAUCUUGUAAACAAUUCUUGUCAACAUAUGCAAUCUAUUCUUGCUUAUCCACUUCAAAGGCUGUUACGGUAUUUAAAAGGCACAAUUCAAUUCGGUAUUCCUAUCACCAAAGGAAAUCUUCAACUAAAUUCUUACUCUGAUGCGGACUGGGUCAGAAACCCAUCUACCAGAAAAUCGAUGUCUGGUUACUGUACAUUCCUAG